AAUGAAAUGGAUACAAACAGAAACACACUUUUAUAUAAUUACAUGUAUACAUAAAUUAUGGCAUACAUUUUUGUUAAAAAAGUCCAUGGACACCUUAUGCGUCAACUACCCGUCUGCUAAUACUAAAAUCUAAUCUGAUGUUCACUGUUCUGUUGCUUUAAUAACUGGUUCACUAAAUUCAUGUCAAUUUUUUUUCCAACAGUUUUUCCUUGGAUGAACGACAGAUGAAGCCUGCAUUAUGUUGGAGGUCUCUGAAGGGGGUGCUGUGGUCCCUAAUUAGAGACGCUUCACUCCUCCAGAAGCUCUGUGAUUGGAUCCUCUUGGUGCCUUUGACAAUCCCCCACUGUAUUGCCUUACAUCUGUUAGCCUGAACCGGUCAGAUAUCACUAUGGAGACUAGUGCAUAUUGUAUAUACUUAUAGUUGCUUGUCCAGAUUGGAUUUGAAUGGCUGCUGGGUAAUGACUUUUAGAAAUAUUACGAAGUUACAAAGCAAAGCCAAAAGGAGGCGUCAUACACUGCAUGUAACAUGAGCUGGGAAAGAAAGGCCAUGCUGAGAUUAAAAAAAGUAACGAAUUCAAGCACUUUCAGAGGAUGACCAUGACCCCUGCAGUUGAGGGUAAAAAGAAUGUGGUCCUUAUGGGCAGAAAGACAUGGUUCUCUAUUCCUGCAUCUAACCGACCCCUGAAGAACAGAAUUAACAUAGUUCUUAGCAGAGAGCUUAAGACAGCCCCAGAUGGAGCUCACUAUCUUGCUUCAGACUUCAGUUCAGCUCUUCAUCUGUUGGAUAGCCCUGAGCUUGAAAAGCAAGUUGACCAACUCUGGAUAAUUGGUGGCAGUGCUCUGUACAAGGAGGUGAUGGAGAGCUCUGAUCCCAGGCGUCUUUUUGUAACACGGGUCCUCAAGCAGUACGACUGUGACACAUUUAUUCCUGAUAUCAACAUGAAUAAAUACAAGCUCCUGCCCGAGUUUCCGGGUGUACCCACAGGGUUGCAGGAGGAGAAUGGUGUUCAGUAUAUUUUUGAAGUGUAUGAGAGCACUGACCACUAAGAUGUGAUUUUAAUUUCGGACACAUGUCCUCACGCAUUCUGCUUGUGCUCUUGACACAUUGCGUGACACUUUUAUGGGAUUCCCAUGUUUUAAUCUGGUUAGUAAAAUUUCCUGAUCUCAUCCCUCUUCUCCAUUUUAUUUCAUGUUAUCUCAACUUUCCUAUCAAUAAAAGUGGUAAAAGCCAUAAAGAUAUAAUAAAAAUAGUACCCAAUAAUGAAAAUUCUUUCAAUGUUUUCUCACCAUUGUGUUGUUCCAAACCCAUAUACAUUUCUUUGAACAUUUAUUUUUUGAAUAAAGU